CAGCAGCAGCAGAGCCACAAAAAACAAAAAACCCACAACAACUCGGGAACAGUGCGUGCGUGCGCGCGCGCGUUUUUUUGUACGCGUGCGUUCCUGCGUGUCUAUAUAUGUGCGUGUGUAUGCGCACCGUGCAUGUGUGUGUGUGUGUGUUUUGGAGGGGUGAGUGCGUGAAGCUCAGGACAUCCAGGGAUGCAGCGCGCGCCCUAAAGCGCGCAGCCUGAACAUGGCACUUUCUCGGAUUUACCUGUUCUUCGUUUUCCUGCUGCUGCUUUUCUUCGCGUGCUUGGGACCGGGCCGAGGCGCGCGCAACUAUCCUGAGAAUGAAGUUACGCUACUGGACUCGAUGUCCGCUCUGGGGGACCUCGGAUGGGAGGCGUAUCCAGCAGAAGGGUGGGAGGAGAUCAGCGUGAUGGACGAGCGCAACACUCCCAUGCGCUCGUACCAAGUGUGCAACGUGAUGGAGGCCAACCAGAACAACUGGCUCCGCACUCGCCACAUCGCCCGCCAUGGAGCCCAACGCAUCUACAUUGAGAUCAAGUUCACGCUGCGUGACUGCAACAGUCUUCCUGGAGUCCCUGGGACUUGCAAAGAGACCUUUAAUAUGUACUACCAUGAGUCCAACAACGAGAACCUCUGGUUUAUAAAGGAGAGCCAGUACGUCAAGAUCGACACGAUCGCCGCCGACGAGAGCUUCACGCAGACUGACGUCGGCGACCGGGUCAUGAAACUGAACACAGAGGUUCGGGAUAUCAGCAACCUGAACAAAAAGGGCUUUUACUUGGCCUUUCAGGAUGUUGGAGCAUGCAUCGCUCUGGUCUCACUGCGGGUUUUCUAUAAAAAGUGCCCGGCAGCCGUGCACAACCUGGCACAUUUCCCCGACACAGUCACAGGGGGUGACUCGGCGCUCGUAGAGGUGCGUGGAUCAUGCGUUAAUGAUUCGGAGGAGUUUGAGUCUCCGAAAAUGUACUGCAGCGCUGAUGGCGGGUGGCUGGUACCCAUCGGGCGCUGUAUCUGCAAGCCGGGCUUCGAGGAAGGCAAGGACUACUGCCAACCUUGCAGACCAGGUACCUACAAGGCCUCGGCUAAAGAUGCCUACUGUACCAAGUGUCCUCCAUACAGCUACUCGCAGCAGGAGAAGGCAUCCGAGUGCACAUGUGAGAAGGGAUACUACCGCGCCGACAUGGACCCUCGAUCCAUGGCCUGCACUCGGCCUCCAUCAGCGCCAGAAAACGGCCUCUCGACACUAAACGACACGUCUGUUUCCCUGGAGUGGCGUCCUCCGCGCGACAGCGGCGGCCGCAACGACCUCGCCUACAACGUGCACUGCAGAAAGUGCUCGUCAGACGGCAGAAAGUGCGGGCCCUGUGGAGGCGGAGUCCACUUCACGCCGCGGCAGUUCGGCCUCGACGCGACCAAACUGCUCGUCUCUGGUCUGCUCCCCAACACCGACUACGCGUUUAGCGUCGAGUCGAUCAAUGCCGUGUCUGAUCUGAGUCCGAGUCCGAAGCAGCAACUUGCCAUCAAUAUCACUACAGGGCAGACAGUGAGUGUCAUUCUGAAAGAGAGGAGGAGUAAAGACAGCAUCACACUGGCAUGGCAGGGGCCUGACAGACCCAACGGAGUCAUUGUGGAGUAUGAAGUCAUCUAUUAUGAGAAGAAGCAGCGUGAGCAGAACUACACGGUGCUGAAGACGAAGGCGAACACGAUGACUGUGGAGGGACUGAAACCCGGAACCACGUACGUGUUCAGGGUCCGAGCUCGAACCGGCGCAGGCUACGGCAGCUACAGUGGAGAGAUCGAGCUGGAGACCAGCCAGGAGGAUAUGCUGGCUAUUGGGGACCCGAACCAGUCCACCAUUUUGGCGGUGUCCAUAGCAGGAGGAGUGGUGCUGCUGGUCUUCCUCGUCGCCUGCUUCGUCGUGAGCGGAAGACAUUGCGGCUAUAUCAAAGCAAAACAAGAUCCCGACGAGGAGAAGAUGCAAUUUCAGCACGGACGAGUCAAAUUGCCGGGAAGUCGGACCUACAUCCAUCCACAUACCUAUGAGGACCCGAAUCAAGCCAUUCGCGAUUUCGCAAAGGAAAUUGACGCCUCCAGUAUCCGCAUAGAAAGGGUCAUCGGUGCCGGGGAAUUCGGUGAGGUGUGCAGCGGCCGUCUGAAGCUGCCCAGCAAACGAGAGAUCUACGUGGCCAUCAAGAGUCUGAAAGCAGGGUACACAGAGAAGCAGAGGCGCGAUUUCCUGAGCGAGGCAAGCAUCAUGGGCCAGUUCGAUCACCCCAACAUCAUCAGGCUGGAGGGGGUCGUGACCACAUGCAAGCCGGUGAUGAUCAUAACCGAGUUCAUGGAGAACGGAUCUUUGGAUACUUUUUUAAAGAAACAUGACGGUCAGUUCACCAUCAUCCAGCUGGUUGGAAUGCUGCGCGGAAUCGCAUCAGGGAUGAAGUACUUAUCCGACAUGAACUACGUCCACCGUGACCUGGCCGCUCGGAACAUCCUGGUCAACAGCAACCUUGUGUGCAAAGUGUCUGAUUUCGGCUUGUCCCGAGUUUUAGAAGAUGACCCUGAAGCUGCUUAUACCACACGGGGUGGAAAAAUCCCCAUCCGAUGGACAGCCCCGGAGGCCAUCGCAUACCGGAAGUUCACUUCAGCGAGCGACGUGUGGAGCUAUGGGAUCGUAAUGUGGGAGGUCAUGUCGUAUGGCGAGCGUCCAUAUUGGGAGAUGUCCAAUCAAGACGUGAUUAAAGCGAUCGAAGAGGGAUACCGCCUCCCCCCACCAAUGGAUUGUCCGGUGUCUCUUCACCAGCUGAUGCUGGAUUGCUGGCAGAAAGAGCGAGCUGAGAGACCCAAGUUCAGCCAGAUUGUCAACAUGUUAGACAAGCUGAUCCGAAAUCCCAAUGCCCUGAAAGAGCUGGCCAACAGUUCCAUCUGGGAAGACCCGAUCACUCCAGAGUUCAGCGCCAACAGUGUGGAUGAGUGGCUGGAUGCUAUAAAGAUGGGCCAGUACAAGGACAACUUCACCUCUGCUGGCUAUGUCACAUUAGAUUCAAUAAUCUACAUCAGUGUAAGUGAGUUGAGUAAGAUGGGUGUGACCCUAGUCGGGCACCAGAAGAAGAUCCUUGCUAGCGUCCAGAGUCUGCAUGCCCAAGGGAGCCAUGUGCAAGUAUAACAGCUCUGGACAAACUGAUAGACAGAUAGAGGAGAGACAGUGCAGAAGUGUGGAACCCAGAACAGCGCUUCACCAUGCCAACCCCCAUUCCCGGACGUUUGGCUACAGCCCAAGAGCUCACCAUUUGUGCAGCGGAACCAGAGACUGAUUAACAAUGGAAAAUUCAGACCAGAUGGAUGAUGGUCAAACACAAACUCUGAUGAUUUCUGAACAGUAUUGUGAGAUGUGUACAGUCAUUUGCAUUGUCUUUUCCUGUCAUUUGCUUUAUUUUUCAAGGUUUUGAUUUAACAAAAAUGGUGCCUGGGUGGAU